UGUCUUUCAGUCUCAGAGAGAAGCUAGAAAUAGGAACACAAGACAAACACAGAGCAUGCUCUCCCUCUCAACCAAAUGGCCAAGUCUUCUCCUUUCAAGAGCCGUUUCACAGUAAUUGCCACUCUAUUUCUCUUCUUCUGCCUCUGUGCACUAUUUCUCUUCAGCAAACGCAGUUUCGACUCACCCCUUUCUCUCUACAGAGAUCUGGAAUCUCAAACACAUCUCUCCUUGGAACCAAUUUCUCCAAUUCCUCAGGCCGACCCGGUACAACCCCUGAUCAGCAGAAGCAAUGGUAGCGGUGAGCUCUCUAUGGAGAAUAAGGAGGACCCUGUUCCCAAUGAAGAAUCUGAUGCUGCAUUGGGUGAUCAAGGCGCUGAUUCCAACAAUGAAUCUGACUCUGGAUUGGGCGAUAAUGGUGUUGAUUUGAUGAUGGAGAGCUUGAAAACUUGUAAUUUGUACAUGGGGAGUUGGGUGAAAGACAAAGAGUACCCAAUUUAUGAUGCGGGUUCUUGUCCUUAUGUCGAUGAAGCUUUUGAUUGCCAAAGCAAUGGAAGGCGUGACUCGGAGUAUCUCAAAUGGAGGUGGAAGCCGGAUGACUGCGAUCUUCCCAGGUUUAAUGCAACAGACUUCUUGACGAGAUUGAGAGGUAAGAGGCUGAUGCUAGUUGGAGACUCCAUGAACCGGAAUCAGUUCGAAUCAAUUCUGUGCCUUCUUCGGGAAGGCCUGCCUAAUAAGAGCAGAAUGUAUGAGACCCGUGGUCACAAAAUAACUAAAGGAAGAGGCUAUUACACGUUCAAGUUUGUGGAUUUCGACUGUACAGUGGAAUUUGUAAGGUCACAUUUCCUUGUGAAGGAAGGGGUCCGUAUCAAUGCACAAGGAAACUCCAAUCCAACCCUUUCAAUAGAUCGAAUUGACAAGACAUCUAACAAAUGGAAGCGAGCUGACAUUCUUAUUUUCAAUACUGGGCACUGGUGGACUCAUGGGAAGACUGCUCGUGGGAAAAAUUACUAUAAAGAAGGUGACUAUCUUUACCCAGAGUUUGAUGCAGUUGAGGCUUACAGAAGGGCUCUGAAGACCUGGGGAAAUUGGAUCGAUAAAAACAUUAAUCCAGCAAAGCAAUUAGUUUUUUAUCGUGGAUAUUCUUCUGCACAUUUCAGAGGCGGAGAUUGGGACUCUGGCGGAUCUUGUAAUGGAGAGACUGAACCCAUCAUGAAUGGGACCUUUCUUGAUACCUACCCUUUGAAAAUGAAAAUAGUGGACGAGGUUCUCCAGGAAAUGAAGGUUCCAGUAGUCCUCUUAAACGUGACGAGACUGACCAACUUUCGCAAAGAUGGACACCCAUCAAUAUAUGGCAAGCCCAUGAUCGCGAACAAAAAGGUUUCCACAAGGCGGCAAGACUGCAGCCAUUGGUGUGUUCCUGGAGUCCCUGAUGCAUGGAACGAGCUGAUUUAUGCCACCUUGGUUUUCCGGCAAAAACCUUCGAAAAGCUAAACUCUUCGACACCAUGAUUCCCUUCAACAUUGACCCUGGUAAGUUCAUGUGACAUUUUAGGAUGGAUCAUGCUGUGCCCCAUGAGGACAUGCUUUCUUCUUCUUCUUGCUUUUCUCCUUAAAGCUGCAAUUUGAAUUUAUUCCUAUGUAUAUUUGUUAACGCUUCCUCAUAUAUUAUAGACAGAGAAAGGAGUGAUUAGUUUUGAAAUUUAUAAAUGAUUUUAGCCUUCAUGAAA